GAACCCGCAUUUUGCCUUUCUUCCUUCAGGAGCAGGAGCAGCCGAGCAGCUGCACAGAAGAACCUAGAGAAAGAGGUAGCUAGCUAGGGUUUCAAACCAGACGAAGAAAUGACAUUCAAGUAUCAUCAAUAUCAGGUUGUGGGAAGAGCACUACCCACUGAGAAGGAGGAUACUCCUAAGAUUUAUAGGAUGAAGCUUUGGGCAACCAAUGAAGUUCGUGCCAAAUCUAAGUUUUGGUACUUUUUGAGGAAGCUUAAGAAAGUGAAGAAGAGCAAUGGACAGGUGUUGGCUAUUAAUGAGAUUUAUGAGAAGAGCCCAACCAAGAUCAAGAACUAUGGUAUCUGGUUGCGUUAUCAGAGCAGAACCGGUUACCACAACAUGUACAAGGAGUACCGUGACACUACUCUUAAUGGAGGUGUGGAACAGAUGUACACCGAGAUGGCUUCCCGUCACAGAGUUAGGUCUCCAUGCAUCCAGAUCAUCAAAACUGCCACCAUCCCUGCCAAGCUUUGCAAGAGAGAGAGCACAAAGCAAUUCCACAAGAAGGACAUCAAGUUCCCAUUGGUAUUCCAGAAGGUCAGACCACCAACCAGGAGAUUGAAGACAACAUACAAGGCAACAAGACCCAACUUGUUCAAGUAAGCACUUCGUUAGGCCUCGCGAGUGUCUGAAGUAGUAGAUUAUUAGGGCAGUGUCUGCAAAAGGUUUAUUGUGGGAUAAAGCAUCUUUGUUGUCGGUAGAACCUUACUUAUUUUUGUUUCAAUUUUGUUGGAGACUCGAUGCUUUGGAUUAUCAAAGCUGUUACAGGAUGUUUUGUUGACAAUGCGACUUUACUUCUAUAGGUUUUAUUCUCUAGUAGUAGUCUGUGAUGGACGUAGUUUAUUGAUUUCAGUGCUGUUUAAAUUUUCUGUGC